AUGACUUCUAUUAAACAAAACGUAACACAGAAUAUAAAAUACAGUGGAAAUGAAGCAGAAUACUCUGCUGAUAUAAUAGGGGAAAAUGUGUUUGUUCACUGUAACCAAGGGGCACAUAAUCAUGGAAGUUCAAAAGUAAAAUUGAUUAAUCGAAUUGAUUAUAACUGGGAGUUUCGAUACUACCAAGGGCACUUGGUAUGUGCUCAUAUAAAUGGCAAAAUUUUUGCAUAUGGCAUGAAAGGAAAAGACGGUGGAAUGGUUAGAGUCUGUAAUCAAGAAACUGAUAAAAGGGCAUUGAUCAAAAAUUUAAAAGAGGAUGUUAAAGAUUUAUCAUUUGCCUUCUCCAGGCAGGAAAUCAUACUAGGCUGUGUGGAUUCUGAGGGAAAUGUUUUAAUUUAUCAAAUAAAUGAUUCCCCAACAGAAAUAAAGUAUAAUUUGUUGCUUCACAUUUACCACAGGGAUAUGAACAAUAUUUCCAGAGCUAACAUUAACUAUAGGAUAAUUUGGUGUCCUUAUUUAUCAAAUUUUGAUGACGAGGAUUCUGGGGAUGAUCCAGAGAAAAUGUUUGUUUUAUUAAAUGAAAGUAGAGCUGAAGUUUAUAAUGUUGGUAUCAUGAACAGCAAAUAUGGUGUAGGUCCUAUAGAUACAAAUGAAUCAUAUGAAGGUUACAUUGAAAUUAACCAUACUGAUGAUCUGAUUGAUGCUUCUUUCUCUUCUGAUGGUACAGCAAUAGCCAUUGCCUGUUUAGAUGGAUUUGUUAAAUUUUUCCAGUUGUAUAUGGUUGAUGCAGAAAAACAAAAAUGUUUACAUGAAUGGAAGCCUCAUGAUGGCAAACCUCUGUCCUCUAUAAUUUUUAUUGACAAUGUAUUGGAAUACAGUUCAGAAUGUUGGAAGUUUACGAUAACCGGAGCGAACAACAACUCGGAAAUCAAGCUGUGGUCGUGCGAAACGUGGACCUGCUUGCAAACGAUCACGUUUAAACCGGACCCCAAGUCCCUCAUCUCCAGCCUCUACCUCAACAUGUCCAUCGACUACACCGGCCAGUACCUCGUCGUCUCCGACAUCAACAAUCGCGUGCUGUACGUGCUUCAACUCGAUCGCAACGACGCCGAACAAAUGGUGCACGUGACCACGCUGUCGCAGUUCCUGUUGCCCGCGCCGUUCCUGAGCUAUCACAUCGUCGAAGCGCAAACGAAGAAGAUUCCCUUCUCGUACAGCAACAGCACCGAGGACUUGUACGGCAGCGAUCGCGACGACUACGACGAGGACACGGACAUCGAGGCCAACUUUUUGAAGAUGCUCAUCGUUCAACCAAAGAAGUUCCAAGAGUGCAAUAUCAUAUUCCAGCCCGAUCUUAUGUAUAAGAAGAGCGACUGUGAUAUGCAACAGGAAGUUGAGAAGGUACCAAAAUUGGACGACCUACAGUCUUCAGUAACCCUUCUAAUCCAACAACAAACUAGCAAAUCGCAAUUGAACCUGAUGACACCGGAAGACUUUACGACCACCUCAACAAGACCGAGCAGCGUGCGAAACUCUGUAUCGAACGAAUCGCAGACAUCCAACAAAUCCUUGGACAAACUGCACAAAAGCCCUGCCAACGAAAUAUUGGAGUUCCAGCGCUUGCAAAAAGACAAUUUCGCUAGCGGUGGGUCGAGUCCUAGCCGGGAAGUUCAGGAGAUAUUGUCCCUGAAUAAUUCCAACUAUAGCAGUACUCAAGAAUAUUUCGACAAUCUGUCGAAGUUGUCCGAGGAAGAGCCGCCACAGAAAGAGUACAACACUCAAACGGAGACGCUGAAUCUAACCAAACCUACGGCGGAGGUGGUAUGGCCGAAAAUACCGAUUGUGGACGAAUCGGAGAUCGUCAAAGAAGAAAUAAUAUCCGAUCUACACGUGAAUUCAUCCGAUGAGGUUCUAAAUAAAAGCAACGUACAGGCCAUCAACUUCCGAAUCAGUUCUUUGGAGAACACAAUCCGCGAGCAAAACAUACACAUGCAGAAUCUGCAGAAAGAAAUCAAAACCAUCACGCAAAUCUCGCGGCAAAACGGCAACGCGUCCAAAGAAGACUACGUUAAAGAGUUGGAGUUGAUUAUGUCGAAGCAGCAUUUGCAAAUCGCGAAGAUGCUGGAGAAUUUGGUGACUGCGCAAAAGACCCGCGAACGCGACAUGCAAGAACAAAUCGUCAACAACGUCAAUCAGAUGAUGAACAAGUUGCUACUGGAAAAGGUUCAGAGCGUAUUGGCGGCCGAAAUUAAACCUGCUAUCGUGCCGGUAAUGCAUAGUUUGAUCGAGCAGUACAGGAAACAGAUGGACGUGCAGUUAUCGCAAAGGUUGUCCAAUACUGAUCUGGUUUUGAGGGAGCAAGUCGCUAAGGCUAUAAACAAUAAGAAUUUGGCAGACACUUUGAGCUUAUCGGUGGUAAACAUUGUUGCUCCUAGCUUAGAGAAAUGCUACCGUGAUAUAAUCUACACUACUCUUCUUCCAUCCUGGGAGAAGGUUUGCUCCCAGAUGUUCCAGCAAAUUAAUGAAACAUUCUCCAAGGGAACCAAAGAAUAUACUUCUUGUGUUGAAAACUACAUGGAUAGGCAAAGAAGGGUUCAGGAAAAGGGCAAAGAUAUCAUUGUGCAAAUGCAAUCAGUAUCUGAAAAUAUGAAGUCUAACUCUGACAGACUGUCAUCAACUCUAACGGCUGAGAUACAGAAACAGUUUAACAUCGUAUUUAGGAGUAUGCAUGAAAAAUUGGCUCAGAAUGUAAAAGAAGUGGUCAGUGAGCAGGUGAAGCAGGGUUUCAAGAGUCAAGCGUCCGUUAUCGAGGACAGUGUUAUGAAUGCAGUACGAUCCAGAGCUGUGACCCCUGCGCCCCACGCCGAUACUCAAGCGACUUUGGCGCAUAUCCAGCAACACAUAAUGAGAAGAAAUUACGACGAAGCUUUCAGACUCGCUCUGUCAGCAGAGAAUCUUUCCUAUGUGAUAUAUACGUGUGAAAAAGUUGAUGUUAACACAUUAUUUGGAGAUGAGUGCCUCUUGCAGCAAAGCUGCCUUUUGGCGCUCAUUCAACAGCUUAGUGUAGAACUGCAUAAAAAUACGGACCUCAAGCUAAGUUACAUAAGGGCAGCCUUCUUAGGGUUAUCAUCAGACACACCAACCACAAAACAGUUUGUAACCAAAGUGCUAAAAGAACUUCUAAGACAACUUCAAGUAUUUAUUAAUUCAAAUCCUCCAAUAAAACACCUAAAGGAAGCCAAGCUAUUGAAAAUGGCUGCUGAAAGCAUGCUUUCUUAA